GACCUCAAAUUUAUUUUUUCGCCAAGGUCGCAGUCUUGUGCGCUUCGAAGCCUUUCUGCGUGAGGUUUUAUUAUGCCAGAGGUUACUCAUCAAGAUAACGACAAGAAGACAAAGAAAGAACUCAGAAAAUUACAACGUGAUGUAGGUAAAUCCAAGGUUCAGGAGGCAGAGGCUGGUCAGAAAGCUGUAGUUACGCUCAUUGGGGAAAAUGGGGUACUUGCUGCAACAGAUGCAUAUGGUGUUCUCCCACUGUGCCAGUCACAGUUUACUGAAGGUCCUAAAUACACUGAACUAAGAGAUUUGUCAAAUGAGUCAAAUAUCAAUCAAAAUGUGUGGGUUCGUGGGCGUCUUCAUAGAAGUCGAAUGAAAGGAAAACUAUGUUUCUUUAUACUACGUUUACAAGACUAUAGAAUACAAAACGUACUUUCUGUUGGGGAACAGACUCCCAAAGAAAUGUUGGCAUUCGUUUCCAGCAUUUCUAAAGAAUCGAUCAUCGAUGUUUUUGGGCGAGUUCUAAAAAGCCCUGUUCUCAUUGAGGGUUGCAAUCCAGAUACCAUUGAAAUCCACUGUGAAAAAGUGUUUGUUGUAAGCGCUGCUCUUCCAACUUUACCUCUACAAAUUGAAGAUGCAAUGAGACCUGAUGAUGACGAAACGACUUUGAGUCGAGUCAAUCAAGAUACUCGUUUGGAUAAUAGAUGCAUUGAUCUGAGGACUCCGGUGAAUCAAGCUAUUUAUCGGAUUGAAGCUGGUGUAGUCAAAUUUUUUAUGGAAUACCUUACCAAUGCUGGGUUUGUGAAUAUCCAUACUCCAAAAAUGAUUUCAGCAGCUUCCGAAGGAGGUGCAAAUGUUUUCAGAGUGUCCUACUUUUCUGGUAGUGCCUAUUUGGCCCAGUCACCUCAGCUAUAUAAACAAAUGGCCAUAGCGGCUGACUUUGAAAGGGUCUUUACCAUAGGCUCAGUCUUUCGUGCUGAAGAUUCUAACACACAUCGACAUCUUACAGAAUUUGUUGGUUUAGACAUAGAGAUGGCCUUCAAAAACCAUUAUCAUGAGGUGGUUGAUCUUAUCGCAGAUAUGUUUGUUCAUAUGUUCAAAGGGUUGCAACGCGAAUAUCAAACUGAAAUCCAAAUCAUAUGUCAACAAUAUCAUUCAGAACCUUUUGAAUUCCUUCAACCUACGUUACGCUUACAAUAUCGUGAUGCUAUUCGAAUGUUACAAGAUGCUGGUUGGGAAAUUGGAGAAUUAGAUGAUUUAAAUACACCUGCUGAAAAGUUUCUUGGAAAAUUGAUCAAAGAAAAGUAUCAUACAGACUUUUAUAUUCUUGAUAAGUUCCCGCUUGAUAUUCGCGCUUUCUAUACCAUGCCGCAUCCUACUGAUAAGGGCUAUUCUAAUUCGUAUGAUUUUUUCAUGCGCGGAGAAGAAAUCAUGUCUGGGGCACAACGUAUUCAUGAUCCAGUCCUUUUAUCAGAACGUGCUACACACCAUAAAGUUGGUAAGUUUAAUUUUCUUCCUUAUUAUUCUUAAAGACAUCUUUAACUUAGCAUGUUGUCAGUAAACUUGCUAUUAAACUACGCUUAUAGAUUGCACAUCUAAUGUAGUAUCAACAUGUAGACUUAAAUAUCUUUUGGUGGACUAUCACAAGUCAGUGAUUCAUUUUCGCAACUAUCCUGUUUAUUUCCUUAGCAUUUGUACUCGCAAAUUAUACAUAGCAAAAUCACUCGAAAAUUAAUCUCAAUUCUAGAUUCUUUUGCUGAUGAACGAUGAUAUGUUAACAAAUUCUUUGUUUCAUGCUAAUAUUCUGUGUAAAAUUAGUCGCUCAUGUGCUGUUAAUAUCUGGUAUUAUUGAAACUUACUCUACAGUUAGAUAGGUUUUGUAUAUCAUUGAUUGGAGCGAUAAAUUUUAAGAAUCAUAUGGUUAUUUAAUCACUACCAACUCACCUCUAUUAACAAUUUAAUUACUUGUGAAUUCAAUCUGUUGAACAGAAAGCUAUACUCCUAACACGUGACUAGCAUGUUUAUAAAUUUGUCGACUAUCGUGAUGAUGAUAUGAUUAUGUCAUCCUUCACACCUAUUACUCAUAGUCAUACUAAAAUUAUGAUACUGUAUUUACUUUUUAUUUCGCAACUUAGCAUCUGCCUUUUUAAUUCCUAUUCAUAAACAUAUUCUCACUGCUUUAGACCUACAUAAAAACUUCAUAUCUUUGCAUUUACGUUCGAUUCAAUACUAAAGGUCGUAGGCGAAAAAUUAGUUUGUCAUCGUCCUCAGAGUUAUGACAUGUCUGUAUGGAUUGAUUGUUAACUGGUCCGAAUGAGUACACUGCACAUGUCUACAGUAUAUUCGUUAUAAAUAACUGCCUGCUCCCAAUACGUAACUUGUGGUGUUUUGCUCUCGUUGAUAUUUUAUGGUGUCUAUUUGAUAAAAACGAACCUUGUUGGUGUUUGAAUGCAUGAAAGAACUAGGGAUCGCUUUAAGUAUGUUUGCACGUCUCAUCUAAUUACUUGUUUAUUUAAAAUUAUGACCUCUAUAUCAUAUUACGUAACUAUCCGAUGUUCUUCUGUUACAGAUCUGGAAAAGAUCAAAGCAUACAUUGACGCUUUUCGUUAUGGUUGUCCACCCCAUGCCGGUGGCGGGAUUGGUCUUGAGCGAGUGACUAUGCUGUUCCUUGGGCUGGAUAAUAUCAGAAAAACAUCAAUGUUCCCACGUGAUCCAAAGCGAUUGACUCCUUAAUUUAUUUUGAUAAAUAUUUAACAUAACUCGGUAGCAUUGCGUGUUUUGUUUCUAUUUCAUUGGGGGGUAUUGGGGUAAUUUAAGUAUUUAUUAAUUCAGUAAAAUAGUUGCUGGAGCGCUUAGUAUUUUUGUUUGUUAUUUUGGUCAGCCUUUCCGUACGUUACUCGUUCUUUUUUGUUUUAGGACAUUUUUUAGUAUCUUAUAUAAAAUUCAUUGAUCUGUGUUAAACGAUUCUUCAACUCUCAGUUUUUUAUGUAACAUUCUAUACAUAAAAUGUGUAAACCAAGUGGUUUGUUCGCGAUGAUCUUCAGUUUGAAGAGAAAUCGUAAUUCAGAACUAAUUUUAAAGUUAUAAAAAAAAGUUAUUAACAUUUCUCCAAAUAAUAUAUACUUGUACAUAAUUGUUUUUCAAUUUAUAAUAAUAAUUGUAAGAGUUAGUCAAUACUGCUUUCACACCAGCACAACUUCAAAUGAUUAUCAAAGUCGAAUCGCUUAACUUUUGUCCUGGGAUGUGAAGGAAACAUUAAAAUGUGUUUUUUUUAAAAUUAAUUAAUUAUUAUUAGCUUUAUUCAAUGUUAUAUUUUUGUUACAAUAUAGAAUUCUCAGCACAAAGUACUUCAACAAAUUUCCGUUUCCUACUUCUUCGUCCUUCCUGACGAUAAUAUUGAGUGAUUGCCAGUUAGAAGUUAGCAGCUCAGUCAAUCGACAUCUGGAUAAUUUACAUUCUUCUCGCUGUGUAUUGCCAGCAACCACGAUA